ACCACAGUCUUCUCUGGUUGUUUAUUCUCUCUUCUCUGAUGGUGGUGUCAUUGCGGACAAAACCAAGUUUGUUGUGUCUAUGUGCUUCAAAAACCAGGUCAACCUGGAGUUGCCUCUGCAGCAAGAAUUGCCAGGAUCAAACAUUGAUCUUGCACUGAAAGCAGCUCCUGGCUCGUUAUGUGCCGUCCGUGCAGUGGAUCAAAGUGUCCUCCUUGUCAAGAAGGAGCAAGAGCUCUCCAAGGAAACUGUAUAUGGCAUGUUUGAUUUCUCUGAAGGAUACCCUUAUCAGGUCUCUGAGUAUGACUACUGCUUUGAACCUUUCUUACCAGAUCGUAGGAGGCGCUCUAUUUGGAGACCCGGGUAUGACAGUGGGAUUGACCUCUUCAGUUUCCUCAAGGAAAUGGGACUGAAGGUCUUGUCAAACUACAAAAUAAAGAAGACAGCUGAAUGCCGCAUCUAUCCAUUCUAUACUUUCAGUGAAUCAGCUUCUGCAGCUGUACCAAUGGCACCAAUGAGAACAGAAGCUUACACAACCCGACAACCUCACUCACCUGACCAGCCCUUUGAAUCCCAAGUCCGUCAACUGUUUCCUGAGACCUGGAUGUGGGAUUUGUAUCCUGUUGGUGUUUCAGGAACAAAGCAAGUGCAUGUCACAGUUCCUGACUCCAUCACUGAAUGGAAACUCAGCAUGUUCUGUACUUCCCAAAGCCAUGGGUUUGGGAUUUCCCCAACAGUGGGCUUGACAGCCUUUAAGCCUUUCUUUGUGGAUGUCACCAUACCCUACUCUGUGAUUCGUGGGGAAUCGUUUCCAGUGAUUGCCUCUGUCUUCAGCUAUAUGAAACAGUGCAUACAGAUCCAGAUUACCCUCUACAAGUCUGAAAACUAUGAGGUGCAGUCAUGCAAGGGAUGUAAAUACACCAGCUGCCUGUGCAGUAAUGAAGCCAAGACCUUCUCAUGGAACAUAAAGGCUACUAAACUGGGCAUGGUAAACUUCACUCUCAGCACAGAGACACUGAACCAUCGCGUAUUAUGUGGCAGUGAGCAAACAGUUGUGCUUGAAAAGGGCCAGCAAGACAUCUUGAUCAAGCCUCUUCUUGUCCGGCCUGAGGGUGUCCUGGUGGAGAAAUCUCAUAGUUCCCUGCUAUGUUCUAAAGGAACUUUGGCUUCAGAUUCAUUCUCCCUGCAGCUACCCAAAGAUGUUGUGCCAGACUCACCCAGGGCCCAAAUAUCUGUUGUUGGUGAUAUAAUGGGGACGGCACUGCAGAACCUGGACAAAUUGGUGCAGAUGCCCAGUGGCUGCGGAGAGCAAAACAUGGUCCUGUUUGCCCCCAUCAUCUCUGUGUUACAAUACCUGCAGAGCACGGGGCAGCUGAAUGAAGAGCUAAAGACCAAAGCAGUGAACUAUCUGCAGUCAGGUUAUCAAAGAGAACUUCAGUAUAAACACAGUGAUGGUUCUUAUAGUGCCUUUGGACCAAGGGACGGACAAGGCAAUACAUGGCUGACAGCUUUUGUAACGAAGUCCUUUAUUCAGGCCAAGCAAUUUGUUUUUAUCGAUGAACAGAACAUCCAGGUUUCUUUGAAGUGGCUGAGAAGUAAGCAGCUGCCCAAUGGGUGCUUUGCCAACGUGGGGAAACUCCUCCACACAGCAAUGAAGGGAGGUGUGAAUGAUGAAAUCUCUCUGGCUGCCUACAUCACUGCUGCACUCUUGGAGGCCCAAAGUCCACUUGAGGAUCCAGUGGUGAAGAAUGGCUUGAACUGCCUCAGAACGACUGUUUCCAGUGUGACUGAUGUCUAUACACAGGCAUUGUUGGCAUAUGUUUUUUCUCUGGCUGGAGAUACCAUCCUCAGGCAAAGAUUGCUUGCCAAGUUAGAACAGCAGGCCGUCAAGUUGCCAGGAGGGCAGAUCUACUGGAGCCGGAAACCUGCCCCACCUCCCAGCCAGACUCCUUGGUCCCAACCUGAGUCUGUAAGUGUGGAAGUGACAGCCUAUGUAUUGCUGGCUACCCUUGCCAGUGGAAAGGUGAUCAAAGAAGAUAUUAGGAAGGCCACAGGCAUUGUGGCCUGGCUGGUCAAGCAGCAAAAUGCCUACGGAGGCUUUGCCUCAACUCAGGAUACUGUGGUUGCCCUUCAAGCCCUAGCUAGAUAUGGGGCAGUGACAUACGUUGGAUCUGGAGAGCUCUUGAUCAUAGUGAAAUCUAAGGCCUUUCAACAGUCAUUUCACAUGGAUAAUACCAAUCAGCUAUUAUUUCAGCAGUCAACCUUGCCAGAUAUUCCUGGAGAGUACACAGUGCAGGCUUCUGGUGAAGGUUGUGGCUACAUACAGACCAUUCUACGCUAUAACAUGCCUCCUCUGAAGACUGCAGAGACCUUCUUCCUAACUGUGGAGGCAGAAGGGCAAGGAUGCAAAGUUCAGAUGGUGUCCCGUUUCAUAACUCUUACCAUCUAUGUAAGUUACGUUGGCAAUCGGGGCAUUUCUAACAUGGCCAUUAUAGAAGUGAAGAUGAUGUCUGGAUUCUCUCCUGUCCAGGGUACUAAAUACUUUCUUGAACAGCAGCCACUUGUGAAAAAAGUGGAGUUUGUACAGGACUUUGUCAACAUUUAUCUAGAUCAGGUCAGUAUUGGGACAAGGAAUAUAGUUUUGUAUUAGGUAAGUAUGAUUUUCAUAUUUCAUAGGCUGGGCCAAUUAAAUUGCUGACUUAUAAUAACUGUCAUUAUAACAUAACAUUAUUAUGAGGACCAGAACAUACCUGGCUAAUGAAAGUUAUUAAAAAUUAUUAACAUUAUUAUUUACUACUAUAACAUACCUAGAUUUGGUAAUGGAAAACAAGCUAGAGUUGCAGAGAUGUUUGACCAAAUUGGAAGGAAAAUUAUUUCUUAAAGUUUAUUUUAUAGGCCCCAGAAUACCCACCUGGAAUUAUGAGCAGUGGUCAUAGAGGCCACCAGACACUUCAGUUAUUCCAUUAUCCUGUUUUGUUUUGUUUUUGAUGUUUCAAAGGUAUGGUAUGGUAUGGUAUGACAUCUUAUAUCACUUUGCAUUUUAUUUUCUUAUUUAUAAUUUCUUGUUUUUAUCUUUCUUCAAACUGUAUGUCCCCAGAGUUACUGUUGUGAAUUGGGCAGCCUUAUAAAUUUAAUAAAUAACUAAAAUUAUGAAUGAAGUUAUAGUAAGUGAAAAAAAUAAACAGUUUGAAUUUUUGUUGUAUUCUAUUCAGUUGAUAACAGUUUCUAUAACUUUUUCAACUCACUGUGAUAAAAAGUAAAGAGGAGAAUCUUGGUUUCUUAACAUCUCUUUUAAUUAAACAUUUUUGUUAGGUUGGAAAGGAGAAGCAGUCAUAUACUUUCAAUGUGAGCCAAGAUAUUCUAGUCAAAGACCUGAAGCCAGCUACUGUUAAAGUCU